AUGAUAUGACCUUGGAAGCUAGAAUAGUUUGUCGUUAUAAUAGUUGGUAUUAUGAUUUUAUGAAUCAAGUUGUAGUAGAAGAAUUGAAGAAAUGAAACAGAUACGUUGGCAAGCAGAAGCUACGUAUGAUUGUAUUCAGGCUUUUGGAACAUGUUUAAUGAAGCCCAAGUCGCUUGAAGUCUGUUGGACUACAAUUUAAUGAAUGAAAUGGAUUGAAGGCAGGCCCAUGAUCCUCUGGAUAGCAAGAGUCGAAAAAGAUGAUGUUCAUUUACCAAUUACCAUUAAUGGAUAGCAAGGUUUUACCAACAAACAACCCUUGAAUUCAUUUCUAGCUGCUUUCACAUUCACAUUCACCCCUACCAUUACCAUUUCUCCCCCAGCCGCCGCACUUUGUUUAAAUCACAGAUUUAUUUUUUUAACCACAAUCAAUAAUCUACUACUACUAGUAUUACUGUAAAUUUGAUCUCAUUAAUAUGGAUCAACUGUUUACAAGUGACCGGCAAUUAUCCGGCGCCGGUUUCUCGGAAGAACUGACCCCUUUCCCUGACCCACAGCCACAGCCACAGCCACAGCCUGAGCCUCAAUUCUUGUACCCUCAUCCUGCGCCUCCUGUUCCCCAGAAACUCCGUCCCAUCAGAUCCAACGACUCCUCCUUCCUCAUAACCAACGCCUCCGACUUCGCCUUCCUCCCCCAUUUCACCACCGACACCUCACCUUCUGCUCAUCACUUAUUCAAGAUCAAAUCUGACAUGGAUGCCCACCUUCUUUCUAACUUCAACUCUCAAAUUGCCAACCUCGACUUUUCCUCCUUCAGUUCUUGUUCAGAUUGUAGUGAUGAUUCUGCGCAGAAGGGAGAGGAGGAGCGAAGCAAACCGAAAAGGAAGAGGAGGAAGAAGAUGGAGUCAUUUUUACAAGGAUUGAUGUCUCAAGUUAUUAACAAGCAAGAAGAGAUGCACCAGCAGUUGAUGAACAUGAUUGAAAACAAGGAGAAAGACAGGAUUCUUAGAGAGGAAGCGUGGCGCCAACAGGAGUUGGAGCGUGCUAAUAGAGACCACCAGAUUAGAGCUCAGGAGGCUGCUCGUAAUGUCGCUCUUAUUUCCUUCAUUCGCAACGCUCUUGGGCUUUCCGAAUUACAGGUUCCCGACCUCCUAUCUUUGCCCCAGGUUUUUUCAGGGGAGGAUAAUGUUGCUGAUACUCAGUCCUUGGGCCAAUCCGAACAGGAUAGGUUUGAUCCUAAUUAUAAGAGGUGGCCGACGUCUGAGGUGCAAGCCCUCAUCACUCUACGAGCUGCUCUCGAUCACAAGUUUCAUACUAUUGGAGCUAAAGCUCCUGUGUGGGAUGAAGUGGCAGCUGGAAUGGCUAAAAUGGGAUACACCCCUCGGAGUGCAAGAAAAUGCAAGGAGAAGUGGGAGAAUGUUAACAAGUAUUACAAGAAGGCAACUGCCAAUGGAAACAAAUAUUCCGAGAAUGCCAAAUCGUGCCCAUACUUCCAUGAGCUUGAAACCCUCUACAAAAAUCGACUUAUUACUUCUGCAAAAUCAAACUCUCCUACCAAUGAACACUCGGAACAGAAUGCAAAUGUAUAACAACUUACAUUAGUACUGGACUUGAAUUCUAUUAUAUGGCUUGUCCAAUUAUCUGAGCUACGAAAACAAAGCAGUGGAACUUCCUGGUCUGAAAAGUUCCCAAUUCUUGAUUUUUUCAGCAACUAUUAGCUGCAAUUUUUAUCAUUAACAGAGAUGGAACGAGGAGAUUCUGUAAAGCAAUCAUUUUGGCCUUAUGCUCAUUGAUCAUCAUUGGAAACACCCAGACUAACACAGUCCAUCAGCACUGCCUAGCAGUCUCAGUCUUGUAUCCUCCGGCUCGGGCGGGCAAGGUUAUUUACUUCUUUGGCAUGUUAUUAUUGAUACUUUUCUCGGAUGUAAUUAGCAAGGCAUGCCUAGGAGGAUAUUGGAUAGAUAAAAUGCAAUUCUUCCCAGCUUGUUGCUGGCUAGUCCUUUUGACCAUUUUCUGUAUGCAUCUGGUUCAUUUUCUGCCAACUAGAUUGAUGCAUUCAGCAGCUAAGUAGUCCGGUAAGCAUUGUAAAGCUAUUUUAAGCAUAAAUCAAGUAACAAUUAGCUCAGUGCUUUUCUUUUGUAUGCAGACA